GAGCGCGCGCGCGCGGUCUGUCAGAGUUCUGCGGGGCUUCUACGCAAGACUCAAAACUCUAUAGCUUAACGCGAAAUGAACGUAUUAGUAGCCUUAAAAUAAUGCCUGUCUUUAUGAAAACGAUCCGCAUAUUUGAUUUGUUCUUUUUGUUGCGUCUGGUUGGUGCGUUUGAUGCGCCGCGUGAAGUGCCGGUGAUGGUGGGAGAUUCUGUCACUCUGGACUCUAACGCUUCAGAAAUAGAGCGGGCGAACGAGGUCGAGUGGAGAUUUAAUGACAUUCGCAUAGCUAACUUUAUCAAGGGCGACGCCACCUAUCACGAGAGAUUUAAAGACAGACUGAAGCUGGACAGAAACGGGUCCCUCACAAUCAAAGACACCAGAAUAACAGACACCGGAGUCUUUAAAUGCACCGUUAUCAGUACUAGGGAGAGAGUCGAGAGAUUCCGUGUUACUAUUUAUGCUCCACUAUCCAUUCCUGUCGUCACCAGUGACACUUCACAGUGUUCAUCAUCAUCAUCUUCAUCAACCUGUUCACUGCUGUGUUCGGUGGUGAACGUGAGUCACGUGACUCUCUCCUGGUACAAAGGAAACAGUUUAUUGUCCAGCAUCAGUGUGUCUGAUCUCAGCAUCAGUCUCUCUCUACCUCUGGAGGUGGAAUAUCAGGAGAAAAACACCUACAGCUGUGUGAUCAACAACCCCAUCAGAAACCAGACCAGACAUGUCUGCAUUACCGACCUCUGUCGUUUGUGUUCAGUUCCCUCUUCAAAUGAAGUCCAUUAUGGAGAAGGGACUGAAGCUGUGAUCCGAUUGGUCGUCACUGCUCUAGUGGGCGUGGCUGCUGUGGCUGCUUUCAUUGUGCUGGUGUAUGACAUCAGAUCCAGAAGAGUUGAAAAGGAUGUUCUAAAACAUUAAUAAAGCCUUUUUACAGACUGUGGUGAUGUGUCAGCAUAACAAAUAUAGUUGUAUGGUUAUAUUUUUUUAUAUUUUCAUUGAUAUAUAUAUAUAUAUAUAUAUAUAUAUAUAUAUAUAUAUAUAUAUAUA